AUGGAAACUGUCAAGGACGAAAACCCAGAAUUGUCGCCAGCAUCGCCGGGAGAAGAGUCAGAUCCUCACUUGUCUCCUGUAGUGAACCCUGAGCCAAAGCCAGGUCUGGAUGGUGUUCCGGUGAAGUGGUAUGAUGCCGAUAGAACCGAACCCUAUACAAGGAUAACUCCCUUUCAAGAGAAACAUGAUACGAGUGUCGAGUUCUUUUACAAGCCUAUAACCUUAUCUGCUCUCGCCGUUGGUCUGGUAGUCCUCGCGUACGUCGCAACGACUCAGGACGUAUUAGAGGAGGGUCGUGACAAGCGCAGAAUGGGAGUUUAUGCCGCCAUCGUGUCAUUCCUGAUGUUCUCGAUGAUCCAAUUUCGCGACGGACCCUUUAUUCGCCCGCACCCAGCAUUUUGGAGAAUGGUAUUGGGAAUCAAUCUCCUUUACGAGUUGGCCCUCGUUUUUCUUUUAUUUCAGGAUCUUCGAUCCGCCCGUGACAUGAUGACCUACCUGGAUCCCAGCUUGGGUAAACCGUUGCCAGAGAGAAGCUACGGGGAAGAUUGCUCGUUUAAUCUAAAAACCAUAUGGAACGCUGUUGACAUUUUCUGUCUCGCUCAUGCCCUUGGGUGGUUUGGAAAGGCCAUGAUUCUUAGAGAUUACUGGUUCUGUUGGAUUCUUAGUAUCGCCUUUGAGCUUGCAGAAUAUAGUUUACAGCAUCAACUUGCCAAUUUUGACGAGUGUUGGUGGGAUCACUGGAUACUAGAUGUUCUGUUAUGCAAUUGGAUCGGAACAUAUCUGGGAAUGAAGGUCUGCCAAUAUUUUGAAGUUCAGCCGUAUGAGUGGCGUGGUUUCCGUCAAUCUCGCGGGUUCCGCUCGAAGGCAAAACGAGUUCUCAGUCAGUUCUCACCACAUGACUUUACCGCCUUCAAAUGGGGCAUAGCGCAGGACUUUACGCAUUUUUUCGCUGUCGUGCUCCUGCUUGCAGUCUUUCUGGCUGCUGAACUUAAUCCGUUUUACCUCAAGUAUUUGCUUUGGAUGGAACCGGAUCAUCCAAUAAUAAUAGCACGCCUUGCAGGCGUAUUCCUCGCUGGUUUGCCCGCAGUGAGAGAGCUUUAUCAGUAUAUCAAUAACCCAAGGAAAGCGGUCAGGAUGGGCCAGCAUGUCUGGCUUCUCCUGGCUACUAUCGUUACCGAACUGCUCGUUAUUUUUAAAUGGAGUAAAGGUCUCUUCCCGACACCUUUUCCUGCCACGGUAAAAUGGGGCUGGGUGAUUGGCGGUUUCCUUUUGGUUUUGUUCCCUACUGUGAGGUUCGGUAUCCCGAAGGCUAGGAAGUACCUUCGACGUCAAGAGCGUAGAAAGAAUCGUCCUCAGAAGUCACAAUAAAAAUCGCGGUUUCGCGAUUAUGUAUCGAUAUAUUUUGUAGCACUCCUCCUAAUUAAUGUAAUCAAAAUACUUAAAUAUUGAGCUCCAGCUUAACCCCCCUC